AUGAAUAAAAGUUAUAAAAGUUACCCAUCCUUCGCUGCCUUUUAGAUUGAGUAAUCAAAAUCAAAUAGGUAAUAUUGAUAAGUAUAACAGUUUGAAAAAAGAUUACUCUAUGUUUAUCAUAACUCAGUUUAUGAUUUGACAGAUUUCAUAGAUAAACAUCCUGGAGGAAGAGGUCCUUUAAAUACAUAUAAAGGUAGAGAUUUAGAAAAUGUAUAAUAUUAUGUUUAGAUUAUAGAUAUUUUUCAAUCCAGCAAUACAUAAACAUAGUUAAUAAGCAUUGUAUACAUUAGAGCGGUAUAAAUGUGGAAUAAUAGAGAACAAACCUAUUUAAUAAUAAUCUUAAUAAUAAUAAACUAUGUUAGGCUCAAAAUCAACAAAUGUAAUGUCGUCUAUUAUGACAAAUAAAUCUCAAAAAAAUACACCAUAAAAAAAUGAUUCUGAUAAAAAACCUCAAUAAAAAUCAUAAUCUGUUAAACCUAAAGUAUAAAAAUAAGAAGAUAGUCUAAAUCAAUCUAUGAGUAAAUUAAAUCAAUCUAUGACAAGCAGUGUUAAAUCUUAAUUUUUACUCAUACCAACAUAAUAAGAAAUACUGAUGAUACAAAAAUAAAAAUAAUAGAAACUAAUUAAAUAGUGGAAAUAAUCUGAAAUUGAAGAAUUAAAAAGAUAAUAAGCAGAAGUUGAAAAAUUAAGAGAUUAAAAAAAUGAUGAUCGAAAAACAUAAAGUGAAAUCUUAGUCUCUCCUCGUAAGAAAUCAACUAAUCCUUAUUACUUAGCAUGGCUUGAAAGAUAACAACGAUAGGAAUUAUAAAAAUAGGAAGAAUCUAAGAAUUCUAAUAUCCUUCCUGCUUAUCUCACAUAAUCUAAUGAUUAAAAUAUCAUUAUGUUUGAAGAUACUAAUAAAUUUUAAUAAAUAUCUUAUGAUUUUGAAAAAAAAAAAUAACAUGACUCAAAAUAAUCCUAAUCAGUCAUUGUAGAAAAAACUUAGAAGAAAGUUAAUACGUAUUAUGAAGAAUGGAAGAGAAGAUAAAGUUUAAAAAAUUAAGAUUAUUAAAAAGAAUAAGUUUAAUAAUAAGAAAAUAAUCAAUUAUCAUAAUAACAAUCAAUCAUUUUCGAAGAGAAUGAAUCAUAGAUUUCUGGAUAACCAUCUUCUAUGAAUAAUAGUUUCCAAAGAACCUAUUCUAUGAGUUAAAGAACUAUUGUAUAAGAAGAUCCUUAAUUAAGUGUACCUGUUUUUGCUCCAAAGUUCAUCUCUCCUAUUAAAGCUAAAUUUGUGUUUAGUUCUAGUAUGAAAAAACUAGAAGGUAGAUGA